AACAAAACAAACAAAAAACAAAAACAAAAAACCACAGAAAAACCCCACACCUCCACGAGUGAAAAGAUGUAACAAUUGAAAGUCCUCCGGUGUUGAAACUGGAGAUGCGGAGGACAGCUGGGAAAGGCGUCACACCGCCUUCCUGUGUAUCUGUAAGAGCGCCUCUGGCACAGGAAAACAGCUGCUUUGUUUUUGACGAGAUCUAUUUAAGAAGCAUUCCAUAUUUUUAGUAAUUUUCACACAACUGAAGAGGAAGCCAGCUAGGCUGCUGUGUUGCUGAAUGCAACACACUCCAAGUAGGAGAGAAACGUAGCAGUAAUGAAUGCUCCUUGAGACAGGGCACAGAAAUGAAGAUAAAGCAUCUGAAAGCUGUGGUAUUUGGGGGACUGAUCCCGAGCAAAGAGAUCAUUUUCAAAUCCAAGGUGAAAUUUCUGACAAAGCACUUAGCUGAGAACAGCCAAAGCAUAUGGAGUGUAGAUAGCUGUCACAUUGCGUUAGCUCUGAUAUCUCACGUUAAAUGGCACGCGAGGCAGGAAAGCGUGUGCAGUGUAAGAGAAGGCUCUGCAGAAUGUAGCAUGUGCUUUUUGGCAUAGAAGACAAGCUAAAAUAAUGAUUUGGACUCAGAAAGUGAUUGAAGAACUGUGAAUUGCUACGUCACUAGCAACAUGUGCUCUGUUGGAUCUUAAGACCUCUCAACAUAUUAACUGUAAGACUCAUUUUUAAAGGGUUGAGUUAUUUGGGAAAAAUCCCACAGAGUUUAUUUCUGCAUGGAAAAGACACUGGAUUAUGAAUUACCUUCAAGAGCCAGAUGGAAACAAGACAGUGGUCUGGUCAGCAAGCAAAAGUGUUGGGAAGCAGCAAGGACAGGCUUAAUGUUCUUGACAGACGAUGACAUAUUUUCCAGUGCAUUUUGUGAAAACUCUGAGAAGCUUAUCAAUGUCCAUUUGUUUGCCCUGGCUGCUAAGUAUUAUUCUUUGCCCAACCUUGGAGUGUGUACCCCACUAGAAGAUAUGCUUGAAGCACUGAAAGGAGACAGAGAAGGAGCAACAGGUAUCAAACCGGAUGAGUUUAUGAAUAAUAAGAAAUCACAUGAAGUGAAGGUGAUGUCAGAGCUGGUAGACAGCAUAGCAAAUUAUUGUGGGAUAAAGCAGGUGAUUGAUAUAGGUUCUGGAAAAGGCUACCUGAGUUCAUUUUUGUCCAUGCAAUAUAACUUAAAAGUUUAUGGAAUUGACUCCUCAAGCUCCAACACAAAUGGUGCUCAUGAAAGAAAUAAAAAAUUGAAGAAACACUGGAGAGCAUAUCAGAGUCGAGGAAGGGAAAACCUCAAAAGCCAGAGUUUGGAAAAGUCAAACAACAGGCCAAUGGAAAGUGAAAUUAACUGUAAAACAAUCAAUGAAGAGCUUUUAAAUAAUGCAAACAGUCUUCAAAAUCAGGACCAAGUGAUUAUCCAAGAUUUAGCUCCUUCUUUUGGUUUCACAGAAAUGGCUACACCUGAAACCAACACAGAAACUGAAGCUGAUUUAGUGACUGGGGCACAAUCUCAUGAGACCAAACUUUCUGAAGAGGUUCUUUCUGUUCUAAAUGUUCUUCCUGCUGAUGCUGUAGAAAAUUUUUCUUCAUCUCGUUAUAACUGUGGGGAGCUCUGUGAAGAGGAAAAACUACAAAGGAAAAUGGUAUCUCUCAAGAGUAAAGCAAGAAAGUCAAGUGAAUCGAACCUGUAUUUUCCACUGACCUCUUGCAUCACUGCAGAAACAGAACUCAGUGACAUCAUAACAGAUCUGGAGGACUGUAUGAUGGUGGGUCUACAUACAUGCGGAGAUCUUGCUGCAAAUACACUACGAAUUUUUACUGCCAAGCCUGAAAUCAAAGCUGUUUGCAGUGUGGGCUGCUGCUACCAUCUGUUGUCAGAACAGUUUGAAAACCAAGAAGGCUGUCACAAGUUGUGGGGCUGUGGAAAAGCUGUGCCUUUUUUUUUUUUGUGCCAGUACUUGAAGGACAAAGGCUGGUGCUGUGGUCGCAAUGCUAGGAUGUCAGCAUGCUUGGCUUUGGAGCGAGUUGCAGUUGGCCAAAUGCUGCCUACAGAAUCAUUGUUUUAUCGAGCUGUUCUUCAGGUUAUUAUAGAAGAAAUUUAUGGUGUCACCAAAAGUGAUCGACAUGUUGGAAAAACCUUCUCCAAAUCAUCCUCCUUCGUAGAUUAUGUCAGACGAUCUCUGAAAAAGCUGGAACUGGAUGAUUCAAAGCUCCCAGACAGCUGUAUAAUGGACUACUAUGAAAAGUACAAGCACAGAAUGAAUGAGCUUGAAGCAUUUAAUAUGUUGAAGGUUGUUCUGGCUCCUUGCAUAGAAGUUUUAAUACUUCUGGAUCGUCUUUGCUACCUAAAGGAGCAGGAAAACAUUGCCUGGUCUGGACUUGUGAAGUUAUUUGAUCCUGUGAAGUCCCCCAGAUGCUAUGCAGUUAUUGCUCUGAAGAACCAGUCAUGUUCUUAAGUGGAAGCAAAUUGCAGAGAGGUUGGAAAUUCUGAACUGAUAGUGCUUUUUCCUCCAUUUUAUUCUGUUAUUUUUAACUGAUUCCUCAAGUACAGUGUUUGUUUUUUGAUGCAAAAGAAAAAAGUGCAAUGUCUCUUUGAAUCUCCAGAAAUAAAUAUCUCUUUUACAAAUA